AUGCCAACCGGAGGAGGGAAAUCUCUGUGUUACCAAAUUCCUCCCCUCGUUCGAAAUGGGCUUUGUGUCGUCGUUUCUCCGCUGAUCGCCCUAAUGCAAGACCAGCGUACUCUUAGCCAUUCUGUCUCCCCUCCAGUCCGCGAACUCCGCGAACGCCACAUUCCCUGCGCCUAUCUCUCCAGCGCCCAGUCGGCCUCCGAGUAUCGCAGCGUUCUGGCUUCGCUCCGCGCCAAAUCCUGCUGCUACCGCCUUCUCUACGUCACGCCCGAGCGUCUCCAGCUCUCCGACUUCCUCUCUCUCCUCCGCUCGAUCGAGAGCCGCGGGGAACUCGUCGCUCUGGCCAUCGAUGAAGCGCAUUGCAUCAGCACGUGGGGCCACGACUUCCGCGCUGCCUACCGCGGUUUAUCCGCUCUGCGCACCGCGCUGCCCAACACGCCGAUCAUGGCGCUGUCCGCCACGGCGACGGAGGCGAUCGUGAAGGACGUGAAGGUGCAGCUGCAGAUCCCCGCGGCCAAAACGAUCUCGGAGUCGUUCGACCGUCCGAACAUUUUCUAUUCAGUGAGGGCGAAAAGGAGAAAUGAGGGAAAGGUGGUCCGCGCGGAGAACAUCGACAAGAACGAGCACUUGGUGAAACUCCUGCAGGCGCAUCGCGGCGAAUCGGUGAUCAUUUAUGUGCGGAAGAAGGACGAGGCGGAGCGACUGCGCGAGUUUCUGUGCGAGAAGGGGUUCGCGACGGCGGUGUAUCACGGGUCUCUGAGCGGGAAGGAGAAGGAAGAGGCGCUGAAGAGCUGGACGGAGGAUCGCUGUCGCGUGAUCGCGGCGACGAUCGCGUUCGGGAUGGGGAUCAACAAAGUGGGAGCGAGAGUGAGGGAUGAGGCGCAGAACGAUGUGCGGUUAGUGGUGCACUGGAAUCUCCCGCAGUCGCUGUAUAAUUAUUAUCAGGAGAGCGGGCGAGCGGGGCGCGAUGGACUGCCGUCCGAUUCCGUGGUGUAUUAUAGUCGAGAAGACGUGUAG